AUGACAUUUGAUAUUUGCAUAUACUGCUCUAUUGACGACCCUGAUAGGACGUUAUGGGUACAGUGUGAUCAUUGUCCUCAAUGGGUUCACGUCGACUGCAUUCCUUCUACUUGUCUUGUGGAUGAAAACUUGUCGAACGUUGGAAAACUCCCCACUAAUUCCAGGCAAAUUAUAAGCUUUACCUGUGACAAACAUGGGAAAGCUCUUCUCCAGCUAAAAGGGAAGUCAUCCAACAAACGAUCAAGUUCCGAGAUGGAUGAAAGUCGACCAGGAUUACGGAAGAAGAAGCAUAUCGAUUAUAUUGCCUUGAAUGAGGGUCAGGACAAACGACUAAAAGAUGAACAUCCUCACGUACCCAACUUUUUAAAGUGCUUCAAGAAAUGGCAAAAUACUACGAAUGUGAUAAGCAGUAAAGAUCUUAGUGAAACUUUUGGAAAUAUUACCGUGCCGCUGAAAGUUAUCGAUCCGGAGAACUCCGGAAUGAAAGUGCCAAGUCUGAGUGAACUGAAAAUUGAUUUAAAUGAUCAGAAUGAAAGGAUGACUGUCGAGACCAUAACAAGAGUUUUAGGUGACGAUUAUAAGCUAGAUGUGAUGGAUGUACAAACGCAACAAAAUUCAACUUGGACUAUGGCUCAAUGGAAUGAGUAUUUCUCACAUACCUCUGCUGAAAAGAGAGACCGAAUUUAUAAUGUAAUAUCAUUAGAGGUUUCACACAUAAAAGAGUUCGAAAACGGUAUCAGAAGACCAAAGGCAGUAGAGACUAAUGACCUCGUUGAUAUUGUCUGGGGCGGAUCAAUAAACAACGCACCAAGACCCAAAGUGACGAAGUAUAUUCUAAUGUCAGUACAAAAUGCUUUUACCGAUUUCCAUUUGGACUUUGCUGGUACAUCUGUUUAUUACAAGGUCGUUUCCGGGGCAAAAAAGUUCAUCCUUUUCCCCCCUUCUGACCAUAAUCUAUCAGAGUACCGCAAUUGGUGUGAUAACGAUGAGCAAAACCUUAUAUUUCUUGGCGAGCGGCUACACGACGGCAUUGCAAUGGAUUUGCGGGAAGGGGACCUGUUUAUGAUUCCCUGCGGUUACAUACAUGCUGUGUAUACCCCAGCGGAUUCUCUUGUGAUCGGUGGCAAUUUCCUUACAAUAAGAGAUCUCAAGAAGCAGUUGCAGAUUGUAAAUGUAGAACGACUUACAAAAGUUCCAAAGAAAUUUACAUUUCCCAGUUUCGAUGCAGUUAUGGGCCGAACAUUAGAAUGGAUACUGACAAACAAAGAGCUAUCAAAAAUUUCCCCUGAUCAUCUGAAAGCUUUGAUGCAAUACAUGUCAGAUCCCAAGGUGAAAUAUAAACCGUUACACUUUCAUAAUAAGAGUCGACUUCUAAACGAGUUAAAUAAUCUUCGUUAA